AUGUUGAAUGACAACUCCAAAUUACAUCAAUAUGAUGUGAAUACUAUGAUAUGUGGCGAUAGUAAUGAACAUAUUGUUGAUGAGUCUUGUGUAGUACAGAAUAAUAGAGGCAAGAGUACUUUAAAUAUAAUACCCCCAAAUUCAAGGGAAUUAGAAUUUCAAGUGAAACAAGAAGCAAAUAUUUCUGAAAAAUCUUUGUUUACAGUGGAUAAUAAUGAUGAUAUUGCUAAAAAAGUUAUGAGUGAAUUGACUUGUCCUGUAUGCCUUGAUCGCUUUUGUUUACCUGUUACAAUUCCUUGCGGACAUACUUUCUGUAGAUACUGCAUUACACAUGAUAAACUUUUAGGAAAAAAUUGCCCAGUUUGUAGACAACCCAUUGGUUUUAAUUUCAGCACUAAUACUAUACUUCAUAGUAUUGUCAAGUUAUUAAGCCUACAAAAAAGUAGAAAUGUACCUGAACUCAAUGAGUAUGAUUUUUUAAAAGAGAGUAUUCUCGUUGGAACUGAGAGACCUAGAUGGUGGCAUCUAAUAUUUUGUAAGCCAACGAUAUCUGUUACAUUGUUUGGGAGAAUUCUUGCAGAUGAAGUUCUUGGAGUAGGUAUUAUGUUUGCUGAAGACUUAACACGAUGUAUUAUUGAUAAAUUCUCGAGCUUAAUCCUUAAGUCUAAAAAUAAAGAUAUAUCAAAGUUAAUAUGGUCAAAUGGCAUUUAUAUGAUGGGUCCUAUUGAGACUCAGAUUUUAACACAAUGUAUUGGUUGCUCACCUCUACCUUUUAAAGAUGAUCCUGAUUAUAAUAACCCGAAUUCAUCGACUCUAUUUUCUUUAGAGAAUCACUCAAACUUUAAAAACUCUAUUAAACAAUGGGUUGAGCAGUGUAUUGCUCAGAAACCAACAAUACUGCAAAUAGGGCAAAAUCACUUUAUUAACUCUACCUCUUACCCAAUUAUAAGAGUUCUUAGUGAUAGGAUUCACAGAAUAGAUCCAAAAAUAUACGAUCUUGGAUUAAUAAGAACUUCUUUACCAUGGGAUUUAGGUAGGCACUCAAAAUCUACCAUACAAAUACCACAUUCUUCAGUAAGUACUAAUCAUUUGCUAAUUGUCAAUAUUCAAGAUCAUUCCAAAUUCAUAAAGACAACUUUUUCUCAACAAUUCACGAGUUCAGACUACAAUAUAGAAGAAACUCAUAAUAAUACUUAUUCUAGUUAUCAAAAUAAAGACUGGAAUCUUGGGAUUAUUGAUUUAGGAAGUAGCAUUGGAACAAUGCUAAAAAUUCCUCUUAGACACCAACUACUUUCUGGAGAAGUUAUUCAUUUAGCAGAUCGUAUUGAGCUUGUCAUAAAUGUAAGAAAAAUCAAAGAAGUUACACUUGACAUUAAGAACCCCCAUAGAAAUAAUCCUUUAAUAAAGAGUGAAUGGCCGAAACUGCGUUGGAGCAAGAAACUUGGAUUAGUUAUAAAUAUCGACAACUACUCAGGAGAUAACCAGGUUAAAUUAGAUAAAGAUUCUAUGACAUAUUCUAAUAAUAACAAUACUUAUGAGCACCUGAAGAGUGAUAAAAUUCCCGAAUAUUCACCAACGAAAGACCCUAUUUUACCCUUAUCAUUGCAAGAGCUAGAUUUGGAAGAAAUAGACGAAUAUCUUGAAAUAUACAUUCCACUAAUUGCUAGUGAAAAACCUCCUUGUGAUACUGCCGUAAUGCUGGAAAAUGGUAAAUACUGGUCUGUAAUAGUACAUCCAUAUGGAAUGGUAUUUGGUAGAGGUAGUGUUGGUGCGUUAGGACUAAAAAAAGUUGAAGUUACAGAGAACAAUGGUUAUAUAAGUAGGGAACACUGUAUAUUCUACUAUAGCCCACAAGAUUCUACUACUACAGAUCAGAAUCAAGCUAGAGUUGAUUUCCUAAAUAGAGACAUAACAAAGUUGUCAAAGUGGCAUGUUAAAGACAUCUCAACUUUAGGUACAUUCUUGAGAUUAAAGCCUUUUAGUGACCCAUUAAAAAUACAUCCCGGUAUGGUAAUUAAGGUAGGACAGUGCAAGCUAGAGAUAAUACCAUUUAUAUUUGGUAAUGCUAUGCCCUUCCUAAAUAGUAAUAUUUCUGAAUUUUUUUCAAACAUUCCAAUAAGCCUAGGUAACCAAGCUAGUAAUUUAGCUAAUGGUACAUCAAAUCAAGCUACUCCAAUGCUUAGUCAAUCUAUAUCCGUAACACCUAAUAAUCUAAUAUGGCCAUAUAGUAAUAGUAUGAAUUCUUCAGUUAUUUUGCCAUCUUUAAAUAAUUCCACUUUUCCCAACCUAAAUAUCUCAACUAUUUCUCAAAUGAAUGCUAUCACAGCUGCAAAUCUCGUAAAUGCAGCGACAUUAGUAAGUAUUUUUAAUAGCAGCGAGAUAGAACCCGAGUCAGAGACUACAGUAACCAAUUCAAUAGGUACACUGCCACUGAAUAUAAGUAGCAAUAUAUCUCUAUAUGAAAAUUUAUUCCUCCAAAGAAUAAAUAAUAAUAGGAUUAGUUUACAACAGUUGUAUAAUAGCAAUUUGAAUCUGGACCAGUUACGUGACGAAGAAAUACCUAGCUUUCAACAGGUAAUGAUAAAUCCAAUAUUAGAUCAUGACUCUACUACAACCUUAGGGAGAAGACCAAGAAUGCCUCGAGUUAUACAACAGGGAGGAGAUUUAUCACUUGAAGUAGGCAAUCAGGAACAGAAUAACUUUCAAUAG